AGAAAUGAGGAUAUCUACAAAUUUUUAUUAAUUUAAUUAUCCUCCAAAUCAAAUGGACAAACAGUAAUAUGAAGAAAAAAUUACAGAUCUGAUACAGGCACACACCCAUGUCUACCACCAUAACCACCACCACCACACAAAGCAGCUCAGCAGCAGAGGCACAACUAAUCCCAUCCCUCCCAGACGAUGUCGCUUUGAACUGCAUAGCUCGGGUCCCACGUUGGUACCACCCGACCCUCUCCAUUGUCUCGCGACCCAUCCGCUCCCUCCUCUCAUCUCCACUCUUCUUCACCACCCGCUCCCUCCUCAGCUCCACCGAACACUUCCUCUACCUCACCCUGCGGCUGCACCACAACCCCUCCGCCUGGUUCACACUCUAUCAAAACCCCGAACCCAACCACCCAAACAACCCUCACGUUCUCAUCCCGGUCCCGCCACUCCCAGCCCCAACAGUCGGCGCCGCUUACGCCGUCGUCGGCCCCACCAUCUACGUCAUCGGAGGCUCAAUCAACGACGUCCCUUCCUCGCACGUAUGGUUCCUCGACUGCCGCUUCCACACGUGGUGCAAGGGUCCUCCGAUGCGCGUGGCGCGCGAGUUCGCGGCUGCCGGCGUCGUUGACGGAAGGAUAUACGUCAUCGGCGGCUGCGUCACGGACUCGUGGGCCCGGAACGAGUUCUGGGCCGAGUCUCUUGACCUGGAGACGGGCCGCUGGGAGGCGGUGCCGAGCCCGAUUGAUGUCCGCGACAAGUGGAUGCACGCGAGCGCCGUGAUCGGCGGGCGCGUGUACGCCAUGGCGGACCGGGGCGGCGUUGUGUUGGACCCGAAAGCCGGAACUUGGGAUGUGGUUGAUAAAAGGCUUGACUUGGGUUGGAGAGGGAGGGCCUGUGUGGUCCAUGGGAUUCUCUACUGCUAUGACUAUUUGGGGAAAAUUAGAGGGUUUGAUGUGAAGAAGAGGGUUUGGAAAGAGCUCAAGGGACUGGAGAAGGGGCUGCCCAAGUUCUUGUGCGGCGCCACGAUGGCGAAUGUGGGAGAGAAAUUGGUUGUGUUGUGGGAAGGGAAGGGAAAUGGUAAAGAAAUUGAGAUUUGGUGUGCUGAAAUUGAAGUGGAGGAAAAUGGGGAUGGAGAGUUGCAGGGAAAGAUUGGUUGGUCCCAUAAGCUCAUUUCGGUUCCGAAAGACUUCUCCAUCGUCAACUGCUUGGCGGUCUCGUUGUGAUUCUUGGUGGAGCACUGUGGAAUUCCAUCCAAACGUAGGUCACCAGAGUCCUAUCCCAGCAAGGGAGCAACAAAGGAAGCUUCAAAUUGAGCCCCAUUCUUCCAGCAGCAAGCUGUUAUGUCAACUAUUUCACUGACCUACCUUUGAAUUUGGGGGACUGCUGCAAAUUUGCAAUGUUCCUGAUAAAAGCACCUUCGAGUUAGGUCAGGGGACACACUCAAUUGCUUCAGUUAUUGGUAAUAAUCAAGUUUUAAUAUUUCUCCAUGUGUAUGUGCUGCCCAUGUAAUUAGUUUUUUGCUUUGCAGAUAGUAAUUGUGGAAUAAGUAACCAUAAGUUUUAUUUGUAAAAAAACAAAAAUAAUUCUGGGUUGACUGGAACAAGUCUAGUUGCAACCUUAUUCUAGGUGUAAUUUAAUUCCGUUUAUUUUAUUUUGUUCUC